UUGAAUUGAAUUGAAGGUGGUGCUCUUCGUCUCAUAGGACGCUCAACUUAGCUUCUCUAUUACGCGAUCCAUCCUUUUCGUCUCCCUUCCGCCGUCCUCGCUCGCUCUGCUGCUGCUGCUGCGCUGCUGGAUCUACCGGUUUUUCUCUCUGUCUACUUCAGCAGAUUUAGAUCAAGGGCAAACCGGACUAGUAUUUCUUUGCCAAGUAAUAAUGUUCGGAAGCAAUCCUUUUGGGCAGUCAUCCAGUAGCCCAUUUGGGUCUCAACCUGUUUUUGGUCAGCCUAGUGGCUCUACUAGCAAUUCAGGUGCACCUAAACCCUUUGGGAGUACAAAUCCUUUUGGUGCACAAACUGGGAGUUCCAUUUUUGGCAACAUGUCCACUGGUGUGUUUGGAGCGCAAUCAUCUUCUCCUUUAGGUUCUACGUCUGUCUUUGGUGCCUCAUCAUCUCCUGCUUUUGGAAGUUCAACACCAACAUUUGGAGCUUCCACAGGUUCUGCUUUUGGAAACACAUCUUCAGGAUUUGGUGGUUCAUCAGUAUUUGGACAGAAGCCUGCUUUUGGUGGUUUUGGAGCAAGUACUGCUCAGACAAGUCCUUUUGGAAGCUCAUUUCAACAAUCACAACCAGCUUUUGGGAGCAACUUAUUUGGUUCAUCCUCUCCCUUUGGUGCACCAAGUCAACCUGCUUUUGGCGCAUCAAGUACCCCUGCCUUUGGUGCAACUAGCACGCCUGCUUUUGGUAGUACUAGUACCACCCCCGCCUUUGGUUCAACUUCAACCCCUGCAUUUGGUAGCACAGGCGGUGGCUUUGGUGUCUCAAGUUCUCCAUUUGGAUCUAGCACUCCUGCAUUCGGUGCCACCAGCACAUCUGCAUUUGGUGCCACCAGCACCCCAGCAUUUGGUGCUGCAUCUUCUCCUGGAUUUGGUGCUGCAUCCGCUCCUGGGUUUGGUGCUUCAAGUACUCCUUCAUUUAACUUCGGUUCAAGUCCAGCAUUUGGCCAAUCUGGUUCUGCAUUUGGAAGUAGCCCAUUUGGUGCAACGUCCUCUUUUGGAGCACAAAGCUCUUCUUUUGGAACACAGGCCACAACUCCAGCUUUUGGUAGCCCUGGCUUUGGCCAAACUGCUUUUGGAGGUCAACGAGGGGGGAGUAGGGUAUCACCUUACUCAUCAACACCUGAGACGGAUACUGGUACACAGCCUGCUGGAAAACUGGAAUCCAUUUCUGCCAUGCCAGUCUACAAAGAUAAAUGCCAUGAAGAACUCAGAUGGGAGGAUUACCAGUUAGGCGAUAAAGGAGGACCAGCUCCUGCUGGUCAAGCUACUGCUGCUACUGGUUUUGGUAGUUCAGGUUUCGGGGCCUCAUCGACUUCUGCAUUUGGUCAAUCCUCAGCCAAUCCUUUUUCCUCUUCUUCAUCGGCCAAUCCAUUUGCCCCAAAGACCCCAGUAUUUAGCAGUGCUGGUUUCGGAUCUUCAUCUACAUCUGCAUUUGGAUCCUCACCUUUUGGGACAACAAAUACAUCUAAUCCUUUUGGCUCAACAACAGCAGCAACAUCCUCCAUGUUUGGGAACACCGCUCAAGGAUUUGGAGUUAAUACCUCCCCCUCUUUGUUUAGCUCUUCUAGCACAUCAGCAUUUGGAUCACCGUCUAUUUUUGGCUCCACAUCAGCACCAGGGACAGGAUCUGCAUUUGGUUCUGGCUUGGGUUUUGGGAACACUCAGUCUUCCCCACUUUUCCAAUCUACUACACCAACACUUGCACAGACCAGUUCUCCUUUUGGACAGACCUCUUCUGCCUUUGGCCAAUCUGCACCAGCAUUUGGACAAUCAAAUUUGUUCAAUACACCCUCUACCGGCUUUGGUGGCAAUUUGUUCUCCUCCACUUCCUCACUUCUAAGUAGCAGCAACACUUUGGGGUUUGGCCAAACAACUCCUUCACUUAGUACCCCAUUUCAACCUGCACAACCAGCUCCAAGCUCUGGUGGUUUUAAUUUUAGCAACUUUGGUCAGUCACAAGCAGCUCCUUCAAGUGGCUUUGGUGGGACUCCUGGAAUGUUUACCAAUAAUGCAUUUGGACAAUUGCCAGGUGUUCAGACCUCUGUGGUUACACAAGCUGCUCCCAUUACAAAUCCUUUUGGAACUUUGCCAGCAAUGCCACAGAUGUCAAUCGGUCGCACAGGCACUUCUCCUUCUAUUCAGUAUGGAAUUUCCAGCUUGCCUGUUGUUGAAAAACCCACGCCUGUAAGAAUUUCAUCACUCUUGACAUCUCGACACCUUUCACAAAGGCGUAUUAGGUUGCCUGUAAGGAAAUAUCAUCCAAAAGCUGAUGGCCCAAAGGUUCCAUUUUUCAAUGAUGAUGGAGAAACACCCAGUAAUCCAAAAGCAGAUGCUCUUUUUGUUCCCAGGGAGAAUCCAAGAGCUCUUGUAAUUCGGCCACUGGAUCAGUGGCCUUCUAGAUCUUCUGUAGAGAAGACAAAGCCGAUGGGCACCCCUAUGCAUGAGAAUGGUAAAGUUCAUCACGAUGGUUACAAUACCACGAAUGGUUACAAGACUGCGGGAAAAGAUGCUGUCAAUAACCAAAAUUCAGCAGAAAAUGGGCUGGGCAAGGAAGCUCCUCAUCCUGUGAGAGCUAACCAAAAGAGCAAUGGUGGCCAUUCUGCCGAGAAAGAAGACUCUUACAUCACUCUCACAGGGCACCGAGCAGGUGAAGCUGCAAUUGUUUACGAGCAUGGAGCAGACAUUGAAGCACUAAUGCCAAAGCUUCGCCACUCAGAUUAUUACACAGAGCCUCGAAUUCAGGAGCUCGCAGCUAAGGAAAGAGCCGAACCCGGGUUUUGUCGCCAUGUGAGGGAUUUUGUUGUGGGAAGACACGGUUAUGGCAGCAUAAAAUUCUUCGGGGAAACAGACGUGCGAAGGCUUGAUCUGGAAUCGCUCAUCCAAUUCAACAAUCGGGAGGUGAUAGUGUAUAUGGACGAGAGCAAGAAACCGCCCGUGGGGCAAGGGCUGAACAAACCCGCGGAGGUAACUCUCCUCAAUAUCAAAUGCUUUGACAAGAAGUCGGGACAACAGUACACGGAAGGACCGAGAAUUGACAAGUACAAGGAGAUGCUUAAGAGAAAAGCCGAGGAUCAAGGGGCUGAGUUUGUGUCGUAUGAUGCGGCGAAAGGAGAAUGGAAGUUCAGAGUUAGCCAUUUCAGCAUCUACAAGUUACUUGGAGACGAAGAAGAAGACGACGUUGGUGAGAGCAACAGGGAUCAACAGCAGCUGCUCUGAUGAAUUUGAUGGAGAUUAUUACUUCGCAUAUGCAUAUAUAUAUAUGUAUGUAUACAUAUAUGUUGCUAUUAUUUCUGUGUCGUUGUGUUGUGACAGUUGUGGUUUUAAUUGCUUUGAUGCAUUUUUA